AUGCCUGACACGGCCAAUAGCUCUCUUCUUGAUGAAUUUGUGCUCGCCGAAUUGAAUGACACUCAGCUACGGGAUCCUGACGGCACAUCCGAUGACACAACCGACGACAAUGACACAGCCGACGACAGAGCCGACGAAUUCCCCAGGCCACUCGGUAUGGAUCACAGCAUUGAUGGCAUCCGGGUAGGAGGCUUGAGUCGGAGUGUGGCAGCAGAUGAGAGGCCUUAUGGUGAUUCCGGCCAGGCGGUCGAGCUACCUACAUGUGUCUAUCAAGCUCCCGAGCUGAUGUUUGAGUCGGAAUUCGGUUAUGCCGUUGAUAUCUGGAGCUUCGGAUGCUGGGCGUGGGAGCUUGUACAUGGUCAACCAUUAUUCAGUAGUGUGCUUGAAAUGGAAGGCGAGGGCUUUGAGGAUGGGGAAAAUCGACUUGUGGGAUAUCAGGCUGUUGCUUGGAAUAUUCGGUCCUUGCUAGGACCUCCACCUCCUGAUUUGCGAACGGGUAUGGCAAAUAGUAGCCACUUCGAUAGAGCGAUGUUCGACGAUGAAGAUAUUUGGAGAGGUCCGGUCCCCUUCGAGGAUGCUCGGGUGCUUCUUGAGGAGGAUGAACACCUGAAAGUCGACGAGCGGGAGCAAUUCCUUGAUUUGAUGAAGGAUAUGGUUCAAUGGCGACCAGAAGAUCGGAAGACAGCAGGAGAAUUGCUCGCGCAUCCUUGGUUUGCGGGUUUUGGUCUGUUCACCGUCCCUACGAGUGACCAUCAUCAGGUCGACGACUCCGGCGGCGCGGCUUCAUCUACCACCGAGAAGCCUGACUACGCCAAUGGAGGGCCAAUUAGCCCUACGUCCUAUGGUGAGCAAGAUGUUUCUGCUUGA